CUGAGUCGCGACCGCCCGCUAAGGGCGCGGGAGGCGGGGCUCGGUGCAGAGGGAUGCAAUCGGGACCGCCUCCUGGGCCGGGCCGGGGGCGGGCUCCUGUACCCAGGGAGCAGGCCUGCGAGCUACCGCGACCCUAGUCAGCGUUGUACCCGAACCGAAGUGAGAGGGCACGGGGAAGAGUCAAAGAGGGUGCCGAAGCGCUGCCACCUGGCCCUGUCCGUCAUGUUGGAGGUCGCCCUCAACCAGGUGGAUGUGUGGGGCGCACAGGCCGGUCUGGUGGUGGCUGGGUACUACCAUGCCAAUGCAGCAGUGGACGACCAGAGCACUCAAGCAUCAAGCAGUCGUGCAUCAAGCAUCCAGCAGGCCUGAUCCCCGCAGGCCGGCUACAGGGAAAGGCCACAGCUGCGCCCACAUCUAUGAGACCUGGGAGGCCCAGCUCAAAUGGAUGGGUUUUGCCCACAGUUGGCUCCUCACUCUGAUCUUCCCUCUACACAGCCCUGGGCCCCUGGCCUUGAAAAUUGCUGGGCGAAUUGCAGAAUUCUUCCCUGAUGCAGUACUUAUUAUGUUGGAUAAUCAGAAACUGGUGCCUCAGCCUCGUGUCCCCCCAGUCAUCGUCCUGGAGAACCAAGGUCUCCACUGGGUCCCUAAGGACAAGAACUUAGUGAUGUGGAGGGACUGGGAAGAGUCAAGGCAGAUGGUGGGAGCUCUACUGGAGGAUCGGGCCCACCGGCACCUUGUGGACUUCGACUGCCACCUUGAGGACAUCCGGCAGGACUGGACCAACCAGCAACUCAACACUCAGAUCACCCAGUGGGUUGGUCCCACGAAUGGAAAUGGAAAUGCCUGAGCCAGGGCGGUCCAGAUCCAAUAAAGAGACUUGGGCUAAUGGGCAA